CCUUGCAGUGGCGGCGCGAGAGUAGAGUCCGGGCAGCGGCGGCCAGAGUCAUGGCUGGACAAGCAUUUAGAAAGUUUAUUCCGCUGUUUGACAGAGUAUUGGUUGAAAGGAGUGCAGCUGAAACUGUCACCAAAGGUGGCAUUAUGCUUCCAGAAAAAUCUCAAGGAAAAGUACUGCAAGCAACAGUAGUAUCUGUGGGAUCAGGCUCUAAAGGAAAGGGUGGAGAGAUUCAACCAGUUAGUGUGAAAGUUGGAGACAAAGUUCUUCUCCCAGAGUACGGGGGCACCAAAGUAGUUAUAAAUGACAAGGAUUAUUUCUUAUUUAGAGACGGUGACAUUCUUGGGAAGUAUGUAGACUGAAAGCACUGUUGAAAUGGCAUCACACAAAGCUGUCCAUUCCACUGAAGCGCUGAAAUAUUUCAUCAUGUAAAUAAUUUCCGUGUCUCCCUUUUAUAAUAAACUGAUAUCCAAACUGAUGACAUCUGUUAUCUGUGAAGUCUAGUUUCCCUGUACUGGUAUGAACAUUUCCAAAUAAAAUAAUGUAAAUGAAAAAAAAAAAA